GUCAUGUGACGUAGGAAUGCACUGGUUACAAAACAUAUACACUCAGGCUAACAAAAAGGCAGACGUUCAUGUAAUUUUAGAGAAGACGGGUGAAAAUUCGUCUUAUUGUGACUUCGUUUGAUGUUAAUGUAAAGGCCGAUGGAUCCUGCUCCAGUUCCAGCUCCUCCCAUACAGAACGAUUGUGAGGCAGAGUUGGAACAUAAAACAAGCAGGUCAAGUUCCAUCUGGAGCUGGUUGCCCUCCUGGCGUCCGACCUCCAUGUCCCUGUUGAAGACGACAGAGUCUAAGAUUCUUGCUUGUAUUAAGAAUGAUUUAUGGGCCAGGUUUGUGACCCUUCAAAACCAGGACCGAAUAUGGACCUUGUCUCUUACCAACAAAGGGACUCCCAAAUCUGCAGAACAAGCACCCAAGACUCCCCUGGUGAUGGUUCACGGCUUUGGAGGAGGGGUUGGGCUGUGGAUCAGGAACUUAGACGCACUGAGCCGCUCGCGGACCGUCUACGCCUUUGACCUUUUGGGUUUUGGCAGGAGUUCGAGGCCUCACUUCCCCUCGGAUGCUGCCAAGGCAGAGGAGCAGUUUGUGAACUCCAUUGAACAGUGGAGGCAAGCUGUUGGUCUGGAGACCAUGAUCCUGCUUGGACACAGUUUGGGGGGCUAUCUGGCUACUUCGUACGCAAUUCAACAUCCUUCCAGAGUGUCGCACCUUAUCUUGGUGGACCCCUGGGGUUUCCCUGAGCGAUCCAAACCAGAGGUCGAGCAGAGUCAGGGCGCUGAGGUGGUAAAGAGACCCUCCAUUCCCCGAUGGGUAAAAGCCAUUGCAUCGGUUGUUUCCCUGUUUAACCCGCUGGCUGUUAUCAGAGCUGCAGGCCCAUGGGGCCCAGGUUUGGUGAACAGAUUCCGACCCGAUUUCAAAAGGAAAUUUGAGGAUCUUUUUGAUGACGACACUAUGACACAGUACAUUUACCACUGUAAUGCACAGACUCCAAGUGGAGAGGUAGGUUUCCGGGCCAUGUCAGAAACACUGGGCUGGGCUAAGAGGCCUAUGCUACAGCGGGUACAUCUGCUGCCCCCCUCCAUGCCUGUCACCAUGCUGUAUGGGGCUCGGUCCUGGGUGGACAGCUCAUCUGGGAACAGGGCAGCUGAGAUCAGGGGCAAGGCCCACACCAAGGUGCUGCUGAUAAAUGAGGCCUCACACCACGUGUAUGCUGACCAACCAGACGACUUCAACAGGGUGGUGGAAAACAUAUGCAAAUCUGUAGACUGACGGCAUGGCUCUGAAUCUGCAAAAGGACUGAAAGUUCUGCGCUGUUAUCUGCAGAAAUCAUUGUGGUGGAUUCAGCCCUGCAGCCUGUGUGCAUGAGCACUCUGGAUUGUCCUGGUUUGAGGCAUUUGUAGAUAUAUCAUGAGUCCGAAUGCAAUCUUGCCAUCUUUUUUGACUGUCGUAAAUGUUGGUUCUUCUCAUAUUUGAUGGAUGGUUUAUUCAGUGUGCCCACAUGUUUAUUUAUUAAAUGAUUUACUUGGUAAUGUCUUCCCACUGACAGUUAGCCAAAUGUAUUUGUCCAGCACUAAAAGCUGUUCUAAUGUUGAAUCUUUGGUUAACACAGAGAUGCAGAUUCCUAUCUUAGGAUGCUCGUGUUUUAUUUAUUUGUGAGCUGCCAGAUGGCUACUGAUUCACACUUUAUCAUGUGCCUGGCAAGGUAAUCUUUCCUUGCUUUCUGUGUCUCUUAUUUCUUUUUCACCUUAUCACUCAGUUGUAUUUUAUACCCUAAAAAUAAAUAAAAGGAAGAAAAACAAAUGUUUCCCAAACCA